AUGGCUUCGGUUGCUGCAGCACGUUUCAAGCUCGUAUUUUUCGUACCCCCAUCCUCUCUCCCAACAUGCAAAGCGGCAAUGUUCGCAGCAGGCGCUGGUCAUUAUCCCGGCCCAAGAAACUACACAGAAUGCUGCUUCGCCUCUAUGGUACCGGUCAGCUUCGCCCUGGAGACACAGCGACCCCAUAUACCUGAGACUAUGGGCGUACUUGAAGAGGUCCAGGAAGCAAGAGUUGAAACGAUUUGCCUUAGUGAGGAGGUUGUUCGGAGAGCAGUUGAGGCGUUGAAGGGGCAAGUUCGCGGGAACUUGGAGCUCUGGGCCGCCUUUACACUUCGAAGAGUUGUUAUGGAUUGA